GCGUGCAGCGCGGCGCUCCCGGCGUGCCCCGCGGCGCGCGGAGCGGGCGACCUGGCGUUCGACGCCGGCGGCCGUGAGGUUUGAGGUCGUGUGUGUGCUGGCGGCCGGAGGCGACGAGGCGGGGUCGGCAUGGAAGUGAAGGACGCCAAUUCUGCGCUGCUCAGUAACUAUGAGGUGUUCCAGUUACUAACUGAUCUGAAAGAGCAGCGUAAAGAAAGUGGAAAGAAUAAACACAGUUCUGGGCAACAGAAUUUGAAUACUAUCACCUAUGAAACAUUAAAGUACAUAUCAAAAACACCAUGCAGGCACCAGACUCCUGAGAUUGUCAGAGAAUUUCUCACUGCAAUGAAAAGCCACAAGUUGACCAAAGCUGAAAAACUUCAGCUGCUGAAUCACAGGCCUAUGACUGCUGUUGAGAUCCAGCUGAUGGUGGAAGAGAGUGAGGAACGGCUCACAGAGGAGCAGAUUGAAGCACUCCUCCACACUGUCACAAGCGUUCUGCCUGCAGGCCCUGACACUGAGCACAAGACAAAUACCAACUAUGAUGGGACAAUGGACGAAGAGGACCCUGCAUAGAAGAGCACAGCUGGCCCGUGCAUCUCAGGACGUUGAAAGGCCCAGCAGCCAUUUUGCAGACAUCGAAGAUUGUUUUGUUUAGUUUUACCCCCUACGCCAACAAACCAUUUCAUGCUUAGUUGGAUAAAUCCCCAAAAUAAGCCUUUCUCAAAAAUAAGCUGAAAAGAAAUACUUUGCCUCUGGGAGAAGAAACCUGGUGAAGAUAGGCUGAGGCUGUUGGGACAGAGAGCUAAAGAAGAGAGGACAGAGUCAGAGAACAGUGACUGUGGAAUCCUCUGGUAAAAACGUUUCUUCCCUGGCCUUUGGCACAGCUGUGGGGAAGUUCCUGUACACAGCUGGUAAAAUAUUUGCAUUGCUUUGGAUGAGCUGUGUCCUCAUUAGUUUCAUCUGCUUCCCUAGGACUUUCCCAAGCAGGGGCACAGAAUGCUGUUGGGGUGAGAGCCAAGGUGUGAGAAUCCCAUCAGGUGGUUAAAACUCGCAGAGCAGCGCCUGGUUAAAAUGAGCCACUCGGCUUGCCUUCAGGAAUCUUCCUGGAGACCAGCAGAGGUCAGAAAAGAACAGACCUGGCCCACCCGCUAUCAGGCCUGAAGCCGCCCCCACAGGUUUUGCUUACUGCUCACUCAGUCUCUUGUUAGGAUGCAGCUCUUUCCAGCUGCAGGAGGCGCUUCCAGCUGAGUGACUGGCACCCGCAAGUCACACGGUACUGGAUGCCUUUCUAACUGCCCUCAUUUCCUGCCCCACAGGAACCCAGGGCAGGCACUGCCUGUGGAGACCUGCUGAGCUUCAUUUGCAUAAUGGGCAAAUCAUUUGAAUCUUUAAAAAGGGCACAAUUAUGUACCUCUUUUCAUAGAAUAUGUGAGAACUAGAGGUUGAUUAAUAAAAAUUUGAAUUUGUUGGCUGUUGCGAGGUUGGUUCAGUUAAGUUUAAACUAUUAGGAUAAUUAACUCCAUGAAGAGUUUGUUAAUACUCAAGCAUUGGAGAGUUUAGUAGCUCCAGAUACCUGGUUUCCUUUGGUCCUAGGAAUAUUGCUAAAAAAUCUAAUUUCUCACAUUCACUCUGCUCCCUAUUUGGGGAAGAAAAUGCCCAAAGACAUUAAUUUUCCAAAUUGUUACUCUUUUUGUCAUAUGAUAACCUAUUUUUAGUGCUGCUGUUAAUUGGAUUACUUCCCACUUGUGAUUCCUGGGUUUUCAUGCUCUCUUCCUCCUCCCCUCCCCUAAAUUGUAAUUAUGUCAGUUUUAACCUCAUCAUCUAAGGAUCAAGGGAGAUCUGCUGCUGGCAACAUUGAGAUUAACAGGACAUUUAUUUUUACAUGUCUCUUGAGUAUUGGGAGUUUUCUCAGGGGCCGUUGAUUUAUUAGUCAAGGCAGACAUGUACCUGUAUAUUGUUUCAUCGUAAUCUUGAGUGUGUUAGAUGCUUUUGCUUGAUGUAAAUCCACCAAUAAUAAAUUGUUUCCAGGUGACA